AUGGCAGCUGUUGCUUUUAUUUCCUCUAAAAAUUUGGCAACAGUGGCUAACAACAUUAAAGUUAAGAAGUGCGCUGCUUAUAUUUUUGUUGAUUAUUGCAAACUUCAAGGUUUUUGAGUGUUUAUCAAAUGGCAACUGAAGAGGAACAGCUUAGCCAGGUAAUAUUGCCGGUAAAGGAGCCGCUGGAUCUCAUACGUCUCAGUCUGGAUGAGAAGGUGUAUGUGAAGAUGCGGAAUGAGCGGGAACUGAGGGGAAGAUUGCAUGCAUUCGAUCAGCACUUGAAUAUGGUGCUGGGCGAUGCCGAGGAGACUGUCACCACUGUGGAGAUCGACGAGGAGACGUACGAAGAGGUGUACAAGACAACGAAACGCACAAUUCCCAUGCUGUUUGUUCGAGGAGACGGCGUCAUUUUAGUCUCUCCGCCCAUGCGAGUGGGGUAGGGGGAGGGGCAGGAGCUGACCUUGAACACAGUUAAUUUUAAUUCGCCGCAUUUAUACAACUUGUAUUAAGAUUGGAUUUUAAUAAAAUGCCUAUGAAAUUGUAGCU